AUGAAAGGACUGAUAUAUCUUCUGUUUCAAGGUGUUCUGCUGUAUGAGACUUUGGCAUGGGAAGUGAGAAUGCCAUCAGAAAUUCAUGGCCUCAAAGGUUCCUGUCUGGUUAUACCGUGCUCUUACUCUUACACUUCAUACCCACCAACUAACCCACGUAGAGUUGUUUGGUAUCAGUGGGUGUCGAGUGGCUACCCUUUAGUUUAUGAUCCCUGGUAUCCAGGCAAAGUUAUUGACAAGUUCAGAGGAAAAACUGAUAUAUAUAGGCAUAGAAACUCAGAUCGGGAUUGUAGUCUGUUGAUCAAAAGCGUGGAUCCGUCUCACAAUGGAGAAAAAUUAUAUGCAUGGAUUGACCCAGAAAAAAUUGGAAAGAGCACCUAUAAGUUUUAUGAUGUCACCUCCAAGAUUAUUGUUGACACAAAUCCACAGCAGCCCAUCAUUAAUAUUUACGGAGGAGGAAAGACCGGUGACAGCAUUACAGUAGCGUGUUACACCUUACACACCUGUCCAUACAGCAAACCAAACAUCGUUCUGAACGGUAUUGAAGGAUCUGAUAAAAUAGAUGAUGUUGAUAUUAAAAGUGGUCAAUGGAAAACCACUCGGACACGCACCGGUGUAGUGAAGGCUGAACGCUCAGAUAUUGAGUGUAUUGUAACACAUCAUGGACGCAUAACAGCAAGAACUACAAAAUCACAAAGUGCUAAAUGUGUCUAUUAUAAUAUAACCAUUGAGCCUAAACUGGCAGCAGAUAUCAUAGAGGGUGUUGAUAUGAACUUCACUUGUACCGUCCACCAUUCCUGCCUGACGAAUCCUCCGAUCCUCUCCUGGAACUAUGAGAACAUGUCGGUCAGUUAUGAUACGAAACAACUUACAGGGUUUGAAUUGGCCACCUUUUCCACCAUAACCUUUUUGGGGACAAAGAAAGAAGAUGGGAAGAAAUUGCUCUGCAGUGCAAAUAUUUCUGGACAGAAAAUCACAGCAUCUGUCGCCUUACAUGUACAACAUUCCUUCUACACCAACUGA